CCGUUUGCGCUGUUGGGUCCGGGCGCUCGGCACUUGGGUCCCGCGACGCUGAGACCGCGCAGUACCGGCUGCAGGCGACGCGAGCAUGGCAGCUCCGAAGGCUGACCACGUGCUGAUCGUGGGCAGUGGGCUCAUUGGGUGCAGCUGGGCUAUGCUGUUUGCCAGCGGAGGCCUCCAGGUGAAGCUUUACGACAUUGAGCAGCAGCAGAUAACAAGUGCCCUGGAAAAUGUCAGGAAAGAGAUGAAGUUGCUGGAGCUGUCUGGUUUCCUGAAAGGGUCAUUGAGUGCUGAGGAGCAGCUGUCACUCAUCAGAGGCUGCUCCAGCAUCCAGGAGGCAGUAGAGGGCGCCAUGCACAUCCAGGAAUGUGUUCCUGAAAAUCUGGAGCUGAAGAAGAAGAUCUUUGCGCAGUUGGAUCGGAUUGUAGAUGACAGAGUCGUCAUAAGCAGCUCCAGCUCCUGUCUCCUACCCUCCAAGUUAUUUUCUGACUUGGUGCAUGUGAAGCAAUGUCUUGUGGCUCACCCUGUUAAUCCGCCCUAUUGGGUGCCGUUGGUUGAGCUGGUCCCUCACCCAGAGACUGCCCCUGAGACGGUGGACAGGACCUAUGCCCUGAUGCAGAAGAUCGGCCAGUCCCCAGUGCGAGUCUUGAAGGAAGUAGAUGGCUUUGCCCUGAAUCGCCUGCAGUACUCAGUCAUUGCCGAAGCCUGGAGACUUGUGGAGGAAGGAAUAGUGUCUCCAAAUGACCUUGACCUUGUCAUGUCUGAUGGCCUGGGCUUGCGGUAUGCAUUCAUUGGACCCCUGGAAACGAUGCAUCUCAAUGCAGACGGUAUGAUAAGCUACUGUGACAGAUACAGCGAAGGCAUGAAGCGUGUCUUGAAGACCUUUGGACCCAUCCCAGAGUUUUCAGAGGCCACUGUUAAGAAAGUUCACCAGGCCAUGUGCAAGAGUGUUCCUGAUGACCCCGAGCAUUUAGCUGCCCGGAGAAGGUGGCGGGACCAGUGCCUCAUGGGACUAGCCAAAUUGAAGAGCGAGCUGCAGCCUCAGAAGUUUCUCUGAAGCUCCUGUAACUCCUGGCCCUUCAGGGAUGCAAGUAGAAGCACUUAAUCAAUACUGAGAUGUUGGGUAGCCACAGUGGUACUCAGCAUGUAAAUUCUGAGCUUCCUCUUGGUUCAUGGGCAUGAAUGGGGGAGCUGGAGGUCUCCUAACCUCUUCCACUAGAGCCUUCGUUUAGCUGAUGCUUAUUCUUAAUAAAAGUUCUGCAUUGCAUGGAGAAA